AUGAGAAAUGCAAUGGACAAAAUCAUCGACGGUGUCGAUCUGAAUGAACACCCGAAAAGUGUUUUCUCGACCUAUCAUGAAGACAAGCAUCUCGUCGAUGAUUAUUUCAUGACAAGUACGGAUAAAAUUCGGGUUUUCUUCGAGGACGGAGCUCUUGAUUCAAAAGGGGAACUUCUAGUCGAGAAAAGACGAGCAUUCAAUAAAAUUGGACACGGCCUCCACUGGAGAGAUCCGGUCUUUAAAAAGUUCAGCUUUCACCCAAAGAUCAAGGAAAUUUUCAAAAAACUCAACUUUAUCGAGCCGGCAAUUGUACAAAGCAUGUACAUCUUUAAGCAACCAGAGAUUGGCGGAGCUGUGACUGAUCAUUUUGAUGCCACUUUUCUCUACACAACUCCCAUCGAUCAUUUGAUCGGUAUCUGGAUAGCUUUGGAUGAUGCAACGCUUGAGAAUGGAUGUCUCUCUUUUAUACCGGAAAGUCACAAACAAACAACAGUCGACUAUCGUUUUGUGCGAACAAAUGACACAAGUGGUGGUCCGUUGUUGAAAUUUUCUGGUAAUCGUCCCACUUAUGAUCAAGAGAAAUUUGUACCCGUUCCUAUCAAAAAAGGGUCAGCAAUUCUUAUCCAUGGCUUGGUGAUUCAUAAAAGUGAGGCGAAUCGAUCGAUGAAAAGUCGUCAUGUCUAUACGAUGCAUAUUAUGGAAAGAAAGGAGACAAAAUGGAGUACAGAGAAUUGGCUUCAAGAAACAGAUGAGUUCAAAUUCCCGAAUCUCUACAAUGACGCU